CCCGCAGCUACUCCUCCUCGCUAAGGUCACUGCUGUCACUCGGUAGCUAACCGGCUGAGAAGGAAGCGGAGGAGACCCAGCGAAGGAAAGUGCGGCGAAGCAAAAAGAAAAACAACAACACGCAACAUGUCUCUGUCGAACAAACUCACCCUGGACAAGGUGGACGUCAAAGCCAAGCGGGUUAUUAUGAGGGUUGACUUCAACGUUCCAAUGAAAGACAAGAAGAUCACAAACAACCAGAGGAUCAAGGCAGCUGUUCCCAGCAUCCAACACUGCCUGGACAACGGGGCCAAAUCCGUGGUGUUGAUGAGCCACCUGGGUCGCCCUGACGGAAACUUUGUGCCCGAGAAAUACUCGCUGGAGCCCGUCGCCGCCGAGCUCAAGACUCUGCUGGGGAGAGAUGUCACCUUCCUGAAGGACUGUGUGGGGGCCGAGGUGGAAGCCGCCUGCGCCGACCCGGCCACCGGAUCCGUCCUGCUGCUGGAGAACCUUCGCUUCCACGUCGCCGAGGAGGGAAAGGGCAAGGACGCCUCCGGUAACAAGACCAAGGCCUCUCAGGGUGACAUCGACUCCUUCAGGGCCUCCCUUUCCAAACUGGGCGACGUCUACGUCAACGACGCCUUCGGCACGGCUCACCGAGCCCACAGCUCCAUGGUGGGAGUCAAUCUGCCCCAGAAGGCGGCCGGCUUCCUGAUGAAGAAGGAGCUGGACUACUUCGCCAUGGCUCUGGAGAAACCCAAGAGGCCCUUCCUGGCCAUCCUGGGAGGAGCGAAGGUGAAAGAUAAGAUCCAGCUGAUCAACAACAUGUUGGAUCAAGUCGACGAGAUGAUCAUCGGUGGCGGCAUGGCCUUCACCUUCCUCAAAGUCCUUAACAACAUGGAGAUCGGCACGUCCCUGUACGACGAGGAGGGCGCCGGCAUCGUCAAGGACCUGAUGGCCAAGGCCGAGAAGAACGGCGUCAAGAUCACGCUGCCCGUCGACUUCGUCACCGCUGAGAAGUUUGACGAGAAAGCCGCCGUCGGCACGGCGACCGUCGCUGCCGGCAUCCCCGCCGGCUGGAUGGGUCUGGACUGCGGGCCGGAGAGCUCUAAGGCCUACGGGGAGGCGGUGGCCAGGGCCAAGCAGAUCGUGUGGAACGGCCCGGUCGGUGUGUUCGAGUGGGAGAAUUUUGCCAAAGGGACGAAAGACAUGAUGGACAAGGUGGUGGAGGUGACCAAAUCCGGCUGCAUCACAAUCAUCGGCGGGGGCGACACCGCCACCUGCUGCGCCAAGUGGAACACGGAAGACAAGGUCAGCCAUGUCAGCACUGGAGGCGGCGCCAGCCUGGAGCUGCUGGAGGGUAAAGUCCUGCCAGGUGUGGACUCCCUGAGCAGCGCCUAAACUUGUUUAGGUGUUCAGUGUGAACGCGUGAGGAUGUGUGUGUCUGUCUGUGUGUAUUGUUUCACUUUUGCCACCCACUUGGAAACAUCUCUGCUUCAGCCACACUAAAUAUAACUCAACGGUUCAUUUGAUGUACGUAGUUCUGUCUUUAAAAACCUUUCUUUGUUUCCGCCGUGUCGAUGUCAGCUGAUCAGAUUAAUAAAUCCAUCUAUCUGUAAACGA